ACCAGUCGGUACGCACGCAGCCUACGGCUGACCUGAUUGUUGUGAAAAUAACACGGUCAUAAUCCAGCAAUAUGAAGUCAUCCGCUGCGGUUUACAUUCUUCAUAUCGGUAUUUUGCUCUGUGACCUCAUGCAGGCAGCGCCUUUCAGUAAUGACUCAUACAUUGAGGAAUAUGAAGGUAAACGGGUUACUCUCGUUUGCUGGAAGGAAUCGGCGACAAAACCCACUGACAUAGACUGGAUGAAGAAGAUAAAAAAUGCCGCAGAUGAGCGAGUCGCCACUAAACUGCUAUCCGGAUGGAUAUCCUACUUUAGGGAAUGGGAUACAGGUCAGGUGACAUUGCAAGAUGACUACAGUCUGAAGAUUGAUCGUCUGACAUACCCACGUGAUCAGGGCACUUUCGUUUGUAAUGGUUUUGAGAUUUCUGCUGUUACGGUCAACAUCUUGAGUAAUCCCAAAGACGUUCAAAUCCUCGGCAGUUGGAUGAAACAAGGAGUCAGAUAUCUCAAUGUCACACACAGUCAACCCAUAACACUUGGCUGUUCCACCAAGGGAGGUAAGGCACCUUCUUCCUACAGAUGGCGACUGGGAGAUCGAGACAUCACGCGGACGUCUUUCCAACAAAAUUUGACUUACAUCUUCAACAAAUCUGACAACGGCCAGCUACUUAAGUGCAUCAUAGGAGGUGGGACCGAGGGGAGUGUACGUCUUAAUGUUCACUACGCCCCCUCCACGCCAGCUAUGAUAUCAAACAAGGGUCUUGGCCUUGAGGUGAUUGAAGACGAGGACAUAAUCUUCAAGUGUGAAUCAAGCGGUAAUCCCGUUCCGUCCAUUACAUGGCUUCGGGAUGAACAAAUCAUAGGUCACGGGAACGAAUACACCAUCAACAAAGCGAACAGAUCAGUCGCAGGAACCUACACGUGUCAGGCCAGCAAUGAAGUGGACGUGGCCGAAAACCAUAAACAACUUGUGGUGAAAUAUCCACCGGCUGUGUCUCUCGUCUACAGGCCUGAGCACAAGCAGCUGACUUGUGAAGCUUCAAAUGGGCACCCCCAACACUACAGCUUUGAACCUUGGACACAUAAAGUAAACGGGAGAGAGUUUCCAACCGAAGGAAUAUCUAGAAAAACGGGCAAAACUCUUGUCCUAGAUGUUAGUAACGUCACUUAUCGCAGCUCUGGUGAUUACUUUUGUUACGUCACCAAUGGGGUGAAGGGACGUCAGACGUCUACAAAAGAGAUUCAAGCAAUAAGUGCACCAGCAUUUGCCAAACAGCCCAGGGUGUUUAAGGGCAAGGUCUCAGAAUCACUGGACAUCCUAAUACGCUUCUGGAGUAACCCUUCUCCCCAAAUAAUUAAGUGGCGUAAGAAAGGUGAAGGGAACAAACACGGACCCUGGGUUUCAGGCACCAUCAGAAAGAAGGGUGUACAAAUCGAUAUGGAGUUUACAGACUUUCUCGCUCCUCUGAAGGGUUACGAAGCCGUUCUAACUCUGCAGACAUUUGAAGAGGCUGAUGCGGGGCUGUACACAGUCUUGGUAGAGAACGCUCAAGGUUUCGCUACAUAUGAUAUCGAGAUUAUUAUCGAAGGAGAUGAUGUAGCCCUUACGUUGAUUAGCAUGUUGUGCGCUGCGAGUCUCAUCAUAAUGUUCAUUACGCUGAAAGUACUAGUGAGCUGUGGAGUUAUUUCCUGUCCAGACUGCAAGUGUUGCAAACGUACUCAGGCACCAACACCCGAGCGCACCGCCAAACAUCCCGAUUUUGAUACCGGUCAAAUAAGACACGCUGACCCAUGCCCUAGUCAUCCUAGACAGUCAGUGCAGAUUACCUUACCAAAAGACCUUAGUAUCAGGGUCAACGAAGACAGCUCAGACCAGAGGUAUAUGCCUAUGGGAUCGCCCCCUGCUACCCCAGUCUUACCAGAUUCCGCUCAACGCUUGUGUGACAUUGUAGAUUACGUCAGAGCCAGUACAACCCAAGCUUCCGCUCCCCCGAUCACCGAACUCACAGAAUCUGCCUAUGAAGAUGUAGUGUAUGCUAAUGAAGCUGGAUUGAUGAAGUAAGAAGGGUGUAGCUUCCGGUGGCAAUGUAUAUAUCCAGUGAGAAACAAUCUUGGUGAAUGACGAGUCAAUAUAAGGUCUACUGUUGAGAGAAGAGUUUCCUCUCUUGAAGGAUGUAACAAUAUCGGCAUAUCUGUAAACGCAAAAUGACAUUUUAGCAUCAUUUUUCGGAGCACGGUAGGAAUGCAGAAAACAAGUAUUCAUAAACACAAAAUUCCCCACUCGAGAGAAGGAAAAUUUUUUUAGUCAAGGGUCAAGCUAACUUGUAAGCGUUAAUUCUUCUUGAGAGUUGAAAUUCAUGUCCCAAAAUUGAAUAAAAGAGGAGUCUCGUUGUGUACAUAUGGCCGUAAGAGCCGUACUUAGUUGUUAACUACAUUCACCAUAUUCAAAUGAAGUAGUACCUUCAUGUCAGGAUAUUGGCAGCACUGGUAUGUGCACUGCAAUCCAAAUAUGUUUCCAAAGAAUUAGAUGAGUUCUUCUCAGGGGUGAUGUAAGUUUCGUGAACGUGAAACCAUUAUAAGCACAUGUUUAUCUUUAGUACUGUGAGUUUGAAGGAGUCACUCCAUAGUGACUGAUGUUAAAUCCACCAAAAGUAACGAAAGAAAAGAACAAAUAUGUCACUGUAUCGGCUUAAGAAGAUAUAGUAUGUUUAUUGCAGACAGGUAGAGAUGAAUGACAGGUAUUAGAAAAUUAGGUCAAAAGGUUUUGCCAUUGCUGUAAGAAUGAAUGAAUGAAUGAAUGAAUGAUUAUGGUUUAAUGCCACUUUGGCAGAAUUGCAGCCAUAUCGUGGCGACCAUUGCUGUAAGAAAACAGAAAGCAUAUUCACGCCAGAUGAGCGUAAAACCAGCAAUACAUGAUUACAACUGCAUAUAAGCGUUCGGAUGUGAGAGAAGUAAGUUACACCGACAUGCUGACUAAGACUCUAACGUGGACUUCAUAGCUGUAGGCCUCACACACCACAUUCAUAACAACUGCAAAUAAUUCAAACUCUAUUCCUGAGUGGGUUAAUUGCAUUUCGCAAGUUCGAAAUACGGGACAGUGUGACCUUUCUCUGAAUGGAAAAAAAAUCACAUUGCUUAAUGAAUAUAAUUAAAGACGUUGCAGCAUAGAGGGAAAAGCCAGAGCAGCAACGACAGUGAGAUAUCAGACAAAUGGUCACAAGUAGACGUUCAUAUUUAUUAGAUGCCACUGGUCUAGAAUUACUCAGUAUGCUGAGUUGUAUUCACAUUUAACCUGCCAUAACAUUAAACAUUGCAAAGGGGCCAGGCCUCGGAGUGCUGAGUCAACCAGAAUCAUGCUUUUUGCAGGAAUACAAUAUGGUUUAGACGUACAGCAUAGACAGAAAAAAACAAGAGCAGCGACGACAGUGUGAUAGCUGGAAAAUAUGAUCACACGUAAGCGGUGAAAUAAGGCCUUUUGCUAAUUUACCUUGGUAACAAUUCAUGUUACAAUGAACCAUAAAUAAACGUUUCGCAUGGCGAGGAUUGUUGAGGUGCAUGUUUUCGUAAUGUAUAAAUUACUUCCCUUUUCAUGGAUUAUCCCCCCUGAUGGUUGGUAUCAAGUCAACUAUCCAGUGCUGUUAGCAUUUGAGAGUACCGGGGUGAUCAACCACAGGGAUUAACUGAGUCUAAUCCGUUUGUAAAAUUUCUUGUAAAUUUAACCACUUUUCAGUCGUUGCAAUUUGCUUCUGUACACUGGAAAACUGACAAAAUAUUCAGCAAUAUGUUCCAUAAUGCCAUGAGCUUUAAUACUGAAAUAAAGGACAGAUGCCUACCCUCAAAGGGAAUAAAUCGUUGAAAAGUGAAGUAGUUUAUGUAUUACGAAAAUACGGAAUAGCCUAAUGUAAAAAUCCUGUAUCCUUAUUAUUGGGGCCCAAGAAGUAUAAUUGAAAGGUCACAUGAUUCUGUCAAAGGGGAUAACAGUAUCAAAGUAUUAAUAUAGGGAGUAGUCAAAGUGUAAUUAGAUUCAGAUAACGCCUACAGUUUGUUUUGUAAUUGAUAUAUGUUUUCCUUUUCGACAAAACAAACUAUAUUUUUAUGCGUUCGACUGUAUAUACAUGUGAUUUACUGUGGCGACACAAUCAGAAGUGUACAAGUGAAAGCUGAUACAUUGUAAAAUGACCAAUAUGACUGAAAAGGCAUCGUCUUAGAUUAAAUUUUGCCGCGUCCUGAAAACAAUUUUUGUUGUAAUGGUGUUGUCAUGCCAAAGCUGUGUAACAGUAUGUUUUUAACCUGUCUACUUUAAUAGUUGGUUUUCACAUGAAAACAACAGCUCAUUACUUUCAAAUCUGUGAAAACAAACACAUUUAUGGAUAUCGGAAACGAUCAUAUAUUGUACUCAAGAGAAACGAUGGGUUUUGAGUAAUUGUUUUUAGCCAAUAAGCUCAUUUUACUUUACCGAAUUUGUUUUUGGCGAAUUAAUUUGAAAGGCCCUAUUUUUUUACUCAGUUCGCUACCUUGAAUGACUUUUUUAAUGUUGCCAAUUACUUGUUUUUAAGUGCAUAUUCUGAUGUUGUAAUAUAUGUAUUUUGUCGUGAUGUGUACAUCUACCUUACCUAUAUAUUUUAUCUGUUCUUUUGGUGUGUCAGUAGUAUGUAUUGUUUGCUUUUAAGUUUGACACUUUGUGAUAUACAUCCUCGCAUAUUGGUCGACGGGCAUGAACAGACUGGCGUACUUCGGGCAGCAUGUGAUUAGUGUACAGAUACAAUGUGGAGAAAGAGAAGCAAAUUUCUCAAAACUGUCGCAGGCCGGACCUGUUACGUAAUGACCUAAAUCACAGCGAACGUAUAUAUGACGUCAGCCAGAUACAGGUAUGCCUAGUGCGUGACGUCUGCGGAUGGACGUGGGUUUGCCCAGGGUUCUGCCCGGUUCCUCCCACCAUAAUGCUGGCCGCUGUCGCAUAAGUGAAAUAAGUACAAAAGCUGAAGCAUGGUAUAUGUGCGUAUUGCCCAAUAAAUCAUUUGUU